AUGCCUUCUCCGACCGAGCCUGUUCACCAAUUUGAUUCCAUUGAGGAUACAAUUACUGCUUUUAAGAAUGGAGAGUUCAUAAUUGUUCUCGAUUCCCAAGACCGGGAGAACGAGGGAGACCUCAUCAUUGCUGCUGAGUCGAUCACGGACGCUCAGAUGGCGUUUCUGGUCCGCUAUACAAGCGGCCUGAUCUGCGCACCUAUCACCCCCGCAAUCGCUACCCGACUGGCCCUGCCUCAGAUGGUCGUUGAAAACGCCGACCCCAAGGGAACUGCCUACACGAUCUCCAUCGACUCGAGCGACCCCUCCGUCACAACUGGUAUCUCCGCCCAGGACCGCGCGCUCGCAUGCAGAACCCUCGCCUCCCCGUCCGCUCGUAUCGACGAUUUCCGGAGACCCGGCCACAUCAUCCCCCUGCAGGCCAAGGCCGGUGGAGUGCGCGAACGGAGAGGACACACCGAGGCCGCGGUCGAGUUCUGUCGUCUGGCAGGGAAAUCCCCGGCCGGUGUGAUUGCCGAGUUGGUGGAGGAUGGCGAGCUGACCGAGGGGGUUCCCGAGAUCUGCGGAAACAAUGGCAUGAUGCGCCGCGAUGGAUGUUUGAAGUUCGGGAAGAAAUGGGGCAUCAAGGUAUGCACGAUUGAAGAUUUGGUGGAGUACGUUGAGAAGACGGAGGGUGUGACGAAUGGGAAACAUUGACUGGUGGGUUGAGUUGAGGUUUUAUGAAUUUCUUUUUCUUUCUCCCUCUUGUUCUUUCUUUGCAUAUAGUAUAUUGUUUUUCGCAUUGUUUGACUGAGCUUCUCAUACUCAUGGAUUUCUGGAUAGUAUUCGUUUCAUACUUAUCUUUUUUUAGAGCCAUUUGAUUAAACUGUGUUAUUUCUUUGUGAUAUUUUCUUUUCACCUUCUUUCUGGGUUUCUUGCUACCUUCAGUCUUAUCUCGUCUCCUCUCUUUUUUCUCAUCUCUUGUUCUGUUGUCCCGGAUAGAAAAGGACGAGACGACCGGGAGAAAAUCGGAGUGGGAAAAAAGGACUGGUCUUCCGUUUGGGCGCUUUUAAGAUAGAACAGAAAUAGACAAAGGAAUUUAAC